UCAGUACUACCAUCCUCCUUUCAACAUGCCCUCUGCCACUGAGAAAGAUUGGUCAGACUCGGACGAUGAUAUUCCAUCUGAUGUAGAGACUUCCGUCUCUCUUGGUUUACCUGAUGGUGCCCUCCAGGAGGAGUCAGAUCUAUACGAUGCCGCUGUGUCGAGGAUAGGUGGACGUCCUGCAUUUCUUCAGUCCGUGGAACCCCCACUGAGUUGCUCGCAAUGUGAAAACUGCUCCAGCCUCAUGGAGUUGCUGCUGCAAAUAUACUGUCCGUUUGAGGAUAGCCCAAUGGACCGUGCAUUGUAUGUAUGGGGAUGCUCUAAGUCUGGCUGUCAAGGAGCAUCAGGAAGUGUCCGCGCUUGGCGAGGCUUGCGUCACAACGAAGAAUAUGCAAAGAAAUUGGAGAAUAAACUUGCCAGAAAACGCGAGCGCGAAACAAAGGUGAAAGCGACAUCAGAAGCCACGAGGUCCGAAGGUGGUACCGCUAAUCCCUUUUCAGUGAAAACACCUCCAGAUGCUGCAGCUCCGUUCACCUUCGGUACUCAGAUCUUUGGAGAUCCUCCCGCGCAAGAGGAAGAAGUGAACGGCCAACCCGGGGACGAAUCGGACCAUGAGUCCAUAUCGUCCGAGGAAUCUUUAGUGACUGCGAUGGCAACCACUACCUUGGACGAAUCUCCGUGGAGGUCAGUACCGUCGUACCCUGCAAUAUACCUUUCCACUUCUGCAGAGUAUAUUCCCGCCGAAUCAACACCAAAGAUGGUGCCCAAACUGUCGGAUGGAAACGAAAAGGACGACGUCGGAACAUGGGGAUCCGAAGCAUAUGAAAACUCCCUGAAUAUGGAUCAAGUGUUUGAUCGUUUCUCAAAACGAGUCGGGUACGAGGGAGAGCAAUGUAUCAGGUAUGAGUUGAACGGAGUGCCUUUACCGUUUGCGUCCGACUCUGUAUUCGAACAACUGUUUCCCUUACCACCAGAGAAUCCGCUUCCCGUUACGAAGGGUGAAUUCAAGGUAGUCUUGAACCGGAAACGAAUGUAUGCUCCCGCCAUUAUGGAAUGUCCGGAUUGCAAAGGGAAGCGAGUAUUCGAAUGUCAACUAAUGCCGAACCUGAUCAACGUAUUGCGGCCAAAAGAAGACAGGGAAAGCAAAAAGAUGACUGAGGAAGAGCGGAGAAAGCAUGUACAGAUGGUGUUGAAGGGUGAAGGCGAAUUUGGAAUGUCAUGGGGCACAUGCUUGAUAUUUUCAUGCAAGAAUGACUGUUGUGAAGGCAAAGAGGGAUGGAAAGAAGAGCCUGUACUUGUACAAUGGGAUAAAUAGAAAGUUUUUUACCUUGAGACGCCUGGCAGGCUUUAUGAUGGGGCGUAG